ACAGUACACAUUUCAUGUUACCACUCUUUCCCGAUCUCUAUGUAAAACCGUGCCCUAUGUGGUCACCUAGUCGACUCUAGUUUGAUGUAAACAUCAAGUGACAUUGUACACUUGACUGUAAGUCCCGUUCCAUCCCGUUCGUCCAUUGUUUCGACACAAGAUUCUUGCAUAUUUCGGCUUCUCUCUCUUUCUCUAUAUAUCUCAUAUCGAUCGCCCACGAAACGUCUCCUCUUUGGGAAAACGUACCAACGUUGAACGGCUCGAACAAGACUCUUUAUCCGAUCGCAAGCAACGUCGUAUCUUUGAUGCUCCUUCAUAGAUAGACGAUUUGAUUCAACUUGGAGGGGGAGAGAGAGAGAGAGAAGAGCCGAAUCUCGAGUCGAAACUGCACCUGCAAUCAAGUGCGUAGUAGACGCUCUCGCGUAGCUUUGACCUCCGAGAAAGAAGAGAAGAACGUUGAAAGAUGCACGUGACCUGCAAGUGCCUGAACGUGUCCAUCAAGUCCAGGAGCGCCGAAUUGCAACAGAUUAACGUUGAGUUGACCGACUUGGAGCGCGCCGAUGCCUUUUUCCGUGAGAAUCUGGCAAGUGUACCGGAAUUGGAAACUAUUACUAAACAACAGCCUGGUUUAAUGGAAAUAAGAAAUGUUGGAUCAUGGAUUAUACACCGUUGCUACAAUUGCUCCAUGUAUACUCAUGCGGUUCACAGAGAGUACGGUGCUGCUUUAGUUCUUAUCAACAACGAUAUUCUUUUAUCUCCCGAGGAAAUAAAUAAAUUAAAAUCCAAUCCAGAUUAUAGUCCGGUGUUUAGGAUAGUAAUUAAUCAUAGUUUGGAAGAUCUCGACGACUACCUGCAACAGCCUAACAAGUUUUCUGUUUCACAAUUACCCAGUGCGGUUCAAGUGGCCCUAGAUAGUUUACAGCGACAGCUCGAGGAAGCUGUACAACGUCAAACAAUAGCAAUAGAAGAUAAAAUACGUGCGUUUACUGCGGAGCAGUAUCAACUGUUGGAACAAUUUCGUGAUAGAGCACACAACGAGCACAGGCUAUUAUCCAAAAUAGUAUGUAGAGGAGAAGAGACGACCAGAGUAACCAAUAACAUAGAAACCCCACCAACGACACCUGAUGGCCUUAAAGGCACCUUGACUACCUCUAUUGCAGCUAAAACAGCUGAUUCAGCUAAUACAGCUGAUACAGCUGAUGCGGUGAAUCUCAAGUCCAAUGCAAUAUUCAAUGAUACAAAAGUGUCUAGCGGGCCAAACGUUAAACACGAGACAACCACCAGGCAAUCUUCUAAACGUACCACUAAUGAUGAAAGUUCGAGAAAACUAGCUCCAUUGUACAUCUGUACUAAGAAUCGCUCGACUUGCUUCGAUACAGAAGAGUUGUUUCCCUUUGAAGGAAUGGAGGAUACAGAUGCAGCCAGCCAACAGUAUGUUGUAUGGUCUUCGGAAGAGGGGUCUGAUUCCGAUGAUCCCAGCCAAAAUAAAGGGAUGCAAAUGCCAAGAGGUCAACGGGAUGGUCAUUCCUCAUUAGCUAAAUCAUUACCCGUCACCGUACCCGUUUUCCCUUCUAUCGUUCAUCAUGCGGCAAAGGAUCAGGACGAUGACCAAUUGCCAACCGAUCCGCUAGAUCCGCACAAGAUUCGAGCUUCGAUCAAAGCCUUAGCUAAAAGCGUCCACGGUGAUACGGUAUUUGGAGAUUUACCACCUCCCAGAUUUUCUACUCUCAUCUGAUUUCGUUACUUGGUAAUUUUUCGAUAUAGUGCGUAUAUCGUAGUCCUUAUCAUCCGUCAUUUGUCUUUCAUACAAAAGUUACAAGAGAUUUAUGUAUACUUGGAAUAAAUAUGGCCAAUUUUGCAGACAAGUA